ACGCGCCAUUGUUUACAUUCUGAGUCUAAGCGACAACAUCGCAUCUAGCACCGCUUCGCUUUUUCUCCAAAACUCUUGUAGAAGCCUGCUUCGUUUGGAAGAAGAAAAUCAAAAUACAAAUUAGCAGAAUUUUUUUUUGCCUUUUUUUUCUUUUUUGAAACUAUAAAUAGUUUCAAAGAAUUGCGCUUAUUUUCUUUUUUUCAUUCAUUAUACUUCAUUACACCAGGAAAAAAAAAAGAAAACAAGUCUUCUUUUUCUUCUUCUUCUUCUUCUUCUUCUUCUUCAGAUUCUUCUGAUUAAUUUUUCAUUUUCACAUUGGUUCGAUUUCAUCUGAAGCUUAUAUAUAUAUAUAUUUUUCUUUGAAAAAUCAACAACAACAAAGGAACCCUAUUAACAAAAAUUAUAACCAUUCCCAUAUACAAACAUUGCAAAACUACAAAGACAGAUUCAUUGCUAAAAUGAAAAUUUUAUUUCUACCUUGAAUCGAAAUUGGAAACAGUUGAAUUAACUAUCUUACAUUUUACAUACCUUUACUCUGAUUUUAUUAGAAGAAAAAAGGAGAAACAACAGCAAAAAUAUAACUAUACACACACAUAUCUAUAUACAUAUAUACUUAGUAAUAUAUACAAUAUAAAUAUAUAUUUAUGUAUGUAUAAUAUUAUAUAUACACAAAGUUAAGUAUAUAUAUAUAUAUAUACACUUAUAUAUAUAUUGCAGAUAUAUUUAUAUAUUGAUAUAUAUAUAUAUUUGUUGUUUAAAACGAAGGAAAAAUUAAAACAGCAGAAAAAGUGUCUAACAUGUUAGGUGCAUCGGUUGACAACAAAAACAAAAACAAAAACAACAGCAACUACAACAACAACAACAACAACUACAACAACACCAACUACAACAACUACAUCAACAACAACCGAAACUACUUCAAUAACAUCAACAGCAACAUCAACAACAAUAACAACAACAACAACAACAACAACAACAACAACAACAGCGAAAUUACUAACGAGGUAUAUUUGAAAAACAAACAAAACAAACACCACCACCACAAUCACCACCACCACCGCCACCACCACUACCCUCAUCGCCGCCACCACUACUACAAUUAUUACUACUACUAUUACUACUACUACCACGACCAUCACAACGACGACGACCACCAACAACAACAACACCAGUACCAGCAUCAUCAACAGCCAUAAUAUUUAUCCGACUGCUAUAUAUAUCAUCACCACCAUGAUGUCUUUUACAAUGUAUACAGACUUCAAAUCUCCCAAAUGAGUAUAUAUAAUUUAUUAUUUGCAUUGCAUAUAUAUGUAUAUAUAUAUAUGUGUGUGUGUAUAUACAUACAUACGUACAUACGUACAUACCUAUCUUAAAUUUACGAGGGAAGGGCAGUCGUACGCCUGCGGAUUAUUUAAUAAUAACAAUUAUAAAUAAAUUAAUUAAAUAAAUAAAUGAAUAAUGAUGAUGAUGGUGUGCUAUCAUUAUUAUUAUUAUUAUUAUUUUUAUUAUUAUUAACAUCAUCCAAGUCCAGGGAAAUUUAUACAAACCACACAUAUACCUUAAACGUGGAGUUUAUUACCGUUGGUUUUAUUAACGACGGACCCAAGUGAAGGAAAAACCAAUCAACUAUGACAACAACAAAAACAGCAACUACUACUACUACUACUACUACUGUUGCUGCUUCUGAGGUUAUUACUACUACUACUACCACUACUACUAUUACUAUACAACAACAACAAUGUCAAAGACUGAUUCUUUUUUUGUCGAAAUAUCAAAUACAGAGUGGACCCUGAAUAAGAAACAGAAAUUGUGAAGAAUUCAGUUGGGAAAUUACAUCAUUUUCAACGUUACGCACACAGACUAAAUAUACUUAUUAUUAUUUACUUGUUAUAUUUUUGUUUGCCUUUUUUUUUUCAUUGACAAUUCACUGAAGAGAAAAGAAAAGAAAAAAAGGAUUACCACUAUUCCAUUAUUAUCAGAUUAAAGUUUUCAUGUUAUUGAACAUUGGUUCUUGGCUCUCAAAAAGACAAAGACAAAAAAACUUGUUGCAAUAUUUGUUUCGCUUCGUUUGACUUACUUUAUACUUUUUUUUUGCGGUUUUUGAGAACUUGAUAUUUAACUAAAAGAACUAAAGAAUUAAGUGUGAACAUUUUUUUUUUUUGCUUCUUGGUUCAAUUAUGAUGCAAUCUGCUCCAAUCAGUGAAGAAUUAUACGAUUCACUGAACUCUAACCAAAAACCUACCCAGCCCAAGACAAAAGUUGCCAUCGAAGACACAACAAUUAGUCCUUUCGAAGACGGUGGAGGCGACGACGAAGACGACGACGACGACGAUUCCAUUCGGAACUUGUCCAAUAUGACCCCUUGCACACCCUCGGUGGGAUCUUUUGACAGUAGUUACGCUACUGACGACUCCCCUUCUAAUAUUUCGCCACCUUAUCACCAUCAUCACCACCAACAACAACAACAGCAGAAGGGGGACGAAGAGCAUCAUCAUCUGCAGCAGCAAGAACAGCAGUACAACUUGUUCCAAUAUAGUCAACAGCAGCAGCAGCAGCAGCAAUUUUGUCGCUCUCUCUGCCGCCGUCAGCGCUUCGAAGGACCGCAAAACUAUCCCCACCGUUACCACAACCAGCAGCAACACCAGCACUCCCAUCCUCCCUACUUCCCGCAGCAGCAGGAGCAGCAUAAUCAUCAUCUUCAACAACAGUUCCAGGCUCUGACAAUAGGAAAUACAACUGCUGCUAUCGGUGCUGUAGGCGGAGGCGGAGACGGUGGUGGUGGUGGUCGUCGUCGUGGCCCAGCUGUCAUAUCGACCAGUUUGUGUAGUGUAGAAAGUAUGAGCGAUUAUUACUCGAUGCGCGAGAGAAGUUCGAACGACUUUGACGAAAACGACGGCGACGACGACGACGACGACGAUGAUGUCGUCGUUGGCGACGAUGACGACGAAGACAAAGACGACGACGACGAUAAUAACGACGACGUCGAUGAUGUAGACGAAGUGGUAGGCGCCGCUGACGACGAUGAUGAAGAUGACGACGACGUCUUCUCCAAAGACGGAGUAAGUGGAAACAGCGCAUUUCCGAGUACGCAACGACACGGCGUGUCUCACAGCCGACCAAUACCGAUUCGAUCGGUUGCCAGAAGAAACAGAACAAAUGAUUUGAACACGAUGAACCACCAUCAUCACCACAAUAACAAUAACCACAACAACAACAACAACGGUUCUACUUCUUCUUACGGAAGUCCGAGCAGUUUCCCCAUGAGCAUGGACCAUCAUUUCAUGGCUAACUUCCGCAACAAUUUCCCGCAACAUUUCCAAGGACCUCACGGCAUGAGUCCUGACUGUUGCCAGGCGGGAAAUAUUCUGGUAUCUUGUAGCUGGGGAUCGGAACUACGGCGCACUAUCGGAACACAAACCUACCCCAUGUUUAGAAGAACCAGCACAUUGUUUGGGAUUCAAACUCCCUGUCACUUACACAACCAGUCUAGUAUCCGUGCAAUCAUCAGCUCAACAGGUAGUGUAUCACGCCGAUUAUACUCCGAAGGAGAAGAUUCUAGCGUUUCACCACGCCAAGAUCCACUGCCAGAUUUGGUACCAGUACCACGGGACAGAGCGCACUCAUUACCUGAGGUGCCUCUUCGUCGGCAUGAACACAUCCGUGCGAUUGGACAGGAACUUCGGAGAAUUAGUGACGAGUAUUACCAGAAUCGUCACCAUUCACACCACCAAGUAAGUAGAUGGAAUAUGCAUGUCACUGCAAACUUGGUCAAUUUCAGUCUCACCUGCAGACUUUCAGCUAAUUUCACUCUGAUUUUGGUAAUUGGAAAUAACAAUUAGUGCCAGCUAAUUUACUACCUGUGAUACCUUUUUUCUAAACAUAGAACGGAAUGGAAAUUAAAGGGAAUUAAAAGAAAAUUGGAGUGAAAUCAAAGUUAAAACUAAAUAUAAUAGAUAAUAUCGGUGAAGAAUAAGGAAAUACCAAAUGGCCAGAAGUCUUUCAAAUAUAAUAUUUGAAUGCUAGAAAUUGGCUCCAUUUCUGAAAGUCCAUUACAGUUUUGCUUUGGUGAAAUCCUUCACAGAGAUGUUAAUGAAACUUGUGUACAAAGAAUUGAAGAAAUUCUGGCUAAGACCCACUAUCGUAUGUCACGUGGAAUUGCCAAAGCAUUCUUUGUGUCAGUUUCCAACUGUGUGUGUUACAGUUGUGCAUUCAUUGACUUUCUAAAGGCGGUCCCAGACAAGAAAGACUUUCUGCUACAUGUUUCAUGCGGAAUAGUAGCAGUGAAUAGUCUCUGUUUACUGACAGCGGCACCGUGUAUGCUGUGGCAUAACCCUGACCUUUGGAAACUUCUGAAGGCUGAGAAAAUCAGUCCUUGAUUAAUGUGAUUCCGUAACUUCAGUUGUGAUUCUGUUCCAUUGGCGUUUAAAGAAAAAUAAAACGAUGGAGUUAUCAUUCCUGCUGCUAUUUUUGGUAAUGCCAGCCAACUCUAUUGAAGCAUUCCUAUUGCACAAAGCUAACCUAUUGAAUGUUUUAGUGGGUGAUCAACUCUACAAAUUGAACAUGUCAAGGGUGAGGUCGACUUUUAGACCUUUGAUCCCUCUGUCAAAUACAUAUAUUACUUACCAUACCUCUACUGGUGUUCUAAUUCUUCAACCAUAACAACAUUUUGGAAUUCAGAACAUCUCUAUGAGUUUAUAUCUAAUAUGAUCUCCAGAGUUCAGCAACUAAUUUUUACCGUUUUGCCUUAGGAAAAACAUGGAAUCAAUUGGAAAAUGCUCUUAUUCAUGAUUCGAUGAAACAAUUCUUUUGAACAAAACAAGAUUAAUUGGUUUCUCAAGAAACUAUCAGUCUGAUGAAGAAGCAAAAAGAAAAGGAACUCUAAACAGUUUCAAAAACAUUUUUCUUAACUUUUCCUUUUGGAAAAUGCGUGAUAUUAAUUAAGACUUUUUGUUAUUUUUCUUUUAUAUUUUUUUUUAAAUAUAAAUUUUAUCUGAAAAUAAAUUAAAUUCAAAAUAAACUAACUAAAAACAUUGUU